UGCAGCUGCUGCUCCUCCUCCAGCAUCACCAUUCACUGACUGGACUAUUACACAGACUUCUUACCUUCUCCAUACAACCCUUAUGCAUCGCUUGCUGUUAUCAUAGGAGCUCACACCGGUCCAAGAGGAAGCUGUAUCCAUACCAACUCUCCAGUCGCCUCAUUCCAUGCAGGAUUAGCCAGGCAUUGGCUUCAUCAUUGGUUUACAUUGGCUGAUACGCUGCGUCCAGCAGACUACUUUUGUGACUAUAUAGACCUUUGACUGUUGGAAAUCUACCUUGUCAUAGUGGCUUUUUCUUGUGGAAAGCCUCCAGUUGCAUUAAAGAAUGCUGCUCUUCCUGGCUUUGCCCACCAGCCAUUAGGACCACCUGGAUUAUAGUGCAACAUCACUGAUCCCGGCGACACAUUUCACUUCACAUCUAUCCAUUAACAAUGGAAAUCUAACAAGAAAAGGCCUUGAUUUAGAAGCUGACCACUGGCUACAAUAAAUAGUCAAUGACUUUGGAACAUCUUUCAGCUGAACUAUGAAAGGAUUAUCAAGUAGCCGUAUCCAUCAUCAUGGCGUUGUAUGUGACUCAGUAUGUGAGAACCUCCCUCACCAUAACGAUAGAAAGCCAUAUUUGCUGAACCCAGUAGAUCCUCAUCCUGCGGAUCACCCUUACUAUGCUCAAAGGAACUCCUACCCAGUAGAAUGCAUAAUGCCCUAUGGGGAUCAGAUUGCUAGUAGUACAUUUCCAAGGAGACAUUACAGUUCUCACCAUGAGCUUAAAGAUGAGUGUGCUCUCGUACCCCACGGAACUGUUGGAAAAGGAAACCGGAUUCCUACCACCCUCUUGGACCAAUUUGAAAGGCAGAUUCCCAUCAAUCGGGAUGGAUAUCACACCUUGCAAUACAAAAGGAGUGCAGUGGAACAUCGCAGUGACAGUCCUGGUAGGAUACGACAUUUGGUUCAUUCUGUUCAGAAACUAUUUACAAAAUCACAUUCCCUUGAGGGACCAACAAAAGGAAAUUCUAAUGGAAACAAAGCCAGUCCAGAAGAAAUGCAAACUGUAAGGUAUGGCAAGCGAAGCAAAAGCAAAGAGAGGAGGGCUGAACUGAAACCUAGAACAAAUAUUCCAGGUUGGUGGGGUUCACAAGACAACUUAGACAAUGAUGUUUGCAUGUACCAUGGCCCUACUGCUGUCAUGACGAUGGGAAGAUGCCCUGACCGCUCUGCUUCUCAAUACUUCAUGGAGGCAUACAAUACAAUUAGUGAACAUGCAUUAAAGUCAUCAAGAAGCAAUAAUGAUGUGAAAUGCAACACUUGUACAAAUUUACCUGUGAGUCUACCUGUAAGUUUGGACAGUCAAAUGUUAAAGAAAGGUUCUUGGGCAUCCGCACUCACAGUAAGCAGGGCACGGGAGGUUUACCAGAAACCUGCAAUAAAUAUGGACCAAGCAUUGGUGAAGUCUGACUCAUGUCAACAAGAAAGGGUAUGCCAGUAUCUGCAGGUUCCUCAAGAUGAAUGGAGCGGUUAUACCCCUAAGAGCAAAGAAGAGGAGAUUCCAUGUCGAAGAAUGCGCAGUGGCAGCUACAUCAAAGCCAUGGGUGAUGAUGACAGUGGAGACUCCGACACGAACAGCCCAAAGCCAUCUCCAAAGAUUGCAGCGCGAAGGGAGAGCUAUCUUAAGGCUACCCAGCCAUCACUCACAGAACUCACUACUCUCAAAAUCUCAAAUGAACACUCUCCAAAGCUUCAAAUCCGAAGCCACAGUUACUUGAGGGCAGUGAGUGAAGUUUCCAUUAAUAGAAGUAUGGACACUCUGGACCCAUCUACCCUCCUUACAUCUCCCAAAUUCCGAUCUAGAAAUGAGAGCUAUAUGAGAGCCAUGAGCACAAUCAGUCAGGUUAGUGAAAUGGAAGUCAAUGGUCAGUUUGAAUCAGUAUGUGAGUCGGUUUUUAGUGAACUAGAAUCUCAGGCGGUGGAGGCACUGGAUCUUCCGAUGCCCGGCUGUUUUCGAAUGAGAAGUCACAGCUAUGUUAGAGCAAUUGAGAAAGGAUGUUCCCAAGAUGAUGACAGUGUGCUGCUUAGACCAUCAUCACCUCCACGCACAACAACUACAGUGAGGACAAUCCAGAGCAGCACCGUAUCUUCAUGUAUUACCACAUAUAAGAAGACACCUCCUCCAGUACCACCCCGGACAACAACAAAACCUUUCAUCUCCAUCACUGCUCAGAGUAGCACAGAAUCUGCCCAAGAUGCCUACAUGGAUGGACAUGGACAAAGGGGGGAUAUGAUUAGUCAGUCAGGGCUCAGUAAUUCUACUGAGAGUCUGGACAGUAUGAAAGCACUUACGGCCGCUAUCGAAGCUGCCAACGCUCAGAUUCAUGGCCCAGCAAGCCAGCACAUGGACAACACCAUGACAGUAAACUCCACUUCUACAGUUUCCACCAUCACUGCAGAUGACAGGAAAAAGAAUCAGUUCAGGAAAAAUCUAUCCAUUGGAGUUCAGGUUGAUGGGCCAGAGGAAGCCGCUACUGCAGAGGAGAGGGAGGCAGCCUACAGAUAUCAGUCCGUAGGAAUUCAAGUGGAAGAAGAAAGAGCGUUGCGCAGACUGACCCGGUCAAACAGUGUUACUGCUGCUGUGCAAGCAGAUUUGGACCUCAGGGAGCAUUUUGAAUGUCCAGUGGAGCUGGCUGACCAGGAAUUUCAGUAUAGUCGGCCACUGACCAAACAGUAUUCAAGAGAUGCAUGUACCUCCACAGUCAGCAUCCAGGGCUCAGGCAAUCAUUACCAUGCCUGUGCAGUGGAGGAAGACUUUGAUGCUGAUUUUGACCCUUCCAUACUACCUCCUCCAGACCCUUGGAUUGACUCCAUAACAGAGGAUCCACUAGAAGCAGUUCACAGAUCAGUUUGUCAUAGAGAUGGACAUUGGUUUUUAAAGCUUCUUCAAGCAGAAAAAGAUAGAAUGGAAGGUUGGUGCCAACAAAUGGAAAGAGAAGAACAUGAGAAUGAUCUGCCUGAUCCUAUCUUAGAGAAGAUUCGCAGUGCGGUUGGCUGUGCUCAGCUCCUGAUGUCACAGAAAUUCUACCAGUUCAGAGAGCUUUGCGAGGAAAACCUGAAUCCUAAUGCACAUCCAAGACCUACUUCUCAGGAUUUAGCUGGGUUCUGGGAUAUGCUACAAUUGUCAAUAGAAAACAUUAGUAUGAAAUUUGAUGAACUUCAUCAGUUAAAGGCCAAUAACUGGAAAAAGAUGGAUUCUAUUGAUAAAAAGGAGAGAAGGGCCCCUCCUCCCGUGCCAAAGAAGCCAUCGAAAGGUCAGCCCCCAUUGGUCCGGGACAGAUCUCUGGAAAGCACAGAGAGACAGCGACAUGAGGCCCGGAAGCGGCUGAUGUCUGCAAAGCGUGCUGCGUCUGUCCGACAGAAUUCAGCUACAGAGAGUGCGGAUAGCAUUGAGAUCUACAUCCCAGAGGCUCAAACCAGGCUAUGAAGCCAUCACAAGCAACACUGGGGGGAUAUUAUAUAUCUAUAUAUAUUUAUGACACAAAGUUACAUAUAUAAUAUAUCCUCUAGUUUGGUUUGGAAACACAAUCAUGUGUAAAUGUUAUUUUGUAUUUUUCUUCUCUUUCUAUACUCUCUCUUUUACUUCAGUCAUUUCCACCUAGCUGUCAUGAAGUCCCUCUUUCAGAUUGUGCUGUAAGCAGUCAGUUCUCUGAGGCUAUGAUCCUGCAUCUCCCCCUCUCACUCAUUUUACCAUUAUGACGAUCUAUAGACAUCAGUCACUUCAACUGGACCUUCUUUUAUUUUACAUGCAUAAAAUAAAGGAGGGAUAACUCCUUUGUAUAGCUUUCCUUAUUGUGCCAUGUUUUAUUUACCUUUUGUCUAGAGCUACAGUAGUCUGUAAUCUAGUGUACAGCAAUAGAAAAUUGUAGGGUAUACAGUACUGUGGACUCUGAUGUCUUCCUAUUCUAAAUGUGAAAAGCAUGGGCUCGAAUUCCCAACUUCUUUUCUAUGUAGAGCAGAUGGAGCACUUUAUUGUAGGCCACAGGCGCACCUCUCCCCAAAGGCAACAGGUGACAGAGGAGAAUAGCUGUACUUCCAAGGAACAGGCGGGCAGGUAACAGAUCUGUUCACAUUAUAUGACUUUCACACUUGCCUGCAUGAUCCUUUAUGACACAUGCUUAUGCUAUUACAGGAGUGCACUUAUAUAGAUUAUCCCACAGUGAAAAAGAUCUAUACAAAUUUAUUUUGUGUUUUAAUAAGAUCCAAUGUUCAAAUUUCAAAUAAAAUGAAUUUGGAGGAAAGGGGUUUCCAACUUUAUUCUACUCUCCAUUUGUAAGAUCAGGAGUCCACAAUAGUAAACCUGCUUAUAUAGAUCUCUUUUAUUAAAGAUUUAAUAGAAAUUCUAGAAAUUUGGCAGUAAUACACAUAACUGUAAGGGUCCCAUAUCAUUCCUUGCAUUAUUGGAAACAUACUUUACAGGUGAACUUGUGUGUAUCCCAAGACAGCAAAAGGGACUGGAUUUAGUUGGUAGCAUGGACAUUUACUAUGCUAUUUAAACAGAAGCAGAGGCAUGAAAAAGGCUUCAAUCCACUAUACAAUUUGCGGGACAAAAUGAGUUACAUAUAACUCUAGUGCACCCUUUUAUAUCAGUACUAGACAAGACCUUAAAGAAGUUUUUCAGGAUGUUUUUAUUAUUAAAUAAUAUGCUGCUGUGGUGGAGAUGGGGAACUAAAAAAAUCAAAACAUACCUUUUACCUAGCCCCACAUGCCGCUGGUUCCUUUUGUCCAGUCCCCCGAUCUUCUGUCUUCUUCCUGCCUUAAACAAGCGCUGGACCUGCCGGCUCAGCCAAUCACUGGCCGCAGUGCUGUCCUGUCUCGACCAAUGAUUAGCUGGGUGGGGGGGGAGCAAUCCUGCUUUAAGCGCUCAUCUCGGAAGCAGGAAGAAGAUCUGAAGAUCGAAGAACAGGGGCUGUGGGUGAUCGGCACUAGGUAAGUGGGUUUUUUUCUAUUUCCUACUGUCCCAGCAGUAUUGUAUUUUUUUUUUUUAAAGGCCAGAAUACCCCUUGAAAGCCAGAACACCUCCAAACUUUAUAUGGGAUGUUACCUUAGAAAUAUUUUAGAAAUACCUUAGAAAUACCUUAGAAAUAUUUUGCAGCUACAGUCUCCAGAAGACAAGACAACUACCAUUAUUUCUAUAGAAGAAAGAGUAAGAAAUGUUUGGAUUUAGAGAAUGCUCACUUCAAUAUACAGUACUUACUUAUGUAUUCAAAAUGCCACUUACAGCCAUUUCCUGCAUCAGCAUAUAUUAACCCAUAAAAUGACAGUAGUGUUUAGUUUAUCAAAUACAAUAACUUAAAAUAAUUAAAUAGAACAUUUCAUUAUGUUUUUGUAUCUUUUUUAUUUUUAUUUAUUUAUUUCUUCAUUUUUUGUACAUAUUUUGCUCGGUGCCUGUGUCUACUGUAGUCCAAUAAUAGAUAAUGUUAUAAAAUACAUAUAAUGAUGCACUUUACCUUAAUACGGACAGAGAACAGGAGCUCAGGAGAAAUCCCCACGCUGUGAUCUUCAUCUUUAGCGUUUGCUUUUAGACAUGGCAUUACUCUAGAAUAGAACACAUAGGAUCAAUCCAUGAUAAAGUCCCCAUGUGUCUAACUCAAUUGUACAGAAGCAGAAGAAUUGCUAACCACACUGACGCAUAGUAAUGCACAAGUGAAUAUGACAACUGCUUUCAAUGUGUCAUACAAGACUAAGAGCAGCAGAUGCACACAUAAAUAGACAUAUAUGCCAUAUUUUCAAUAUGCAUAAUCCAUGGCUUCAUUCUAAAUCAUCAAACAUGACAUGAAUCAAUUUUAGGUAGAAAACCAUUAGGCCCUAUACAUAAGAUAUCAAAGUCAGAACUACCACUAUAAGAUGGAGCCUUAAAGAAUAAAAGCUUUUAAAUUGCACUGAUAAACUACAUAAUGCUACUAUCACCCAAACUAUACAAAUAUACUCACUAUGAUGAUACACAAUAUAUUUAAACAUUUAUAUAAUAUAUAUUUAAUAAAUGGCACCUAAGAAAGGAGGAAAUUAUAUAAAGAAAUGUUUAAGAACUCUUAUUGUACCAACACCACCAGCAGCUUCCAUAACAGGAGACUCCUUCUGCGCCUUUCACUUGCAUAUGGAAAUUAUAAACAAAAUGCAUGUUUGCUAAAAACUGGAGAUCCUUAAAUCUCAAUAUUGUUUUUUACAAAUUCAUCCUAUAAUACUAAUAGGUAAUAAUUACUCAUGGAAACACUUUGGUCACAUUAAGUUGGUCUUAAAAAUUCAACCUAUAUGGUCAAAAUAAAAGAAGUCACUGGGUCUCAUUUAUUAAAACUAACAGAGGAACUGGUCUUGUUGCCCAUAGCCACUUCAUUUUUUAUUCUUCUUUGAAAAUAUAAAAGCUUCACUGUGAUUGGUUGUGAUCGACAGCAUAGCGGUUUUUUUAUGUUAGACAGUUUUGAUGACUAUGAGCUGCUUGCAGGUCCGUCUUUUCAAUAUAGUGAGCCUCAUUUACCAUAACAAAUUGAAAAGUUGACCUUUCUAUCCAUAGCAGCCAGUCAGGGGUCCACUUCAAUUUUUUACAUGGUUCUGGAAUCAUCAGAGAUGCACUAUGAUUGGUAGCUGUGGACAACAAGGCCAUUUUUUUAUCAGGCAAUAAAGACAAAAAUAAAAAUUUUGUGUGACGACAUACAUAAUUUUUGCUACACAACUUUUGCCUAUGUUUUCUUGGCAAUAUGACAUCAUCUCCAUAAGGGUUAGAUAAAGGAGAAACAUUGUUGGAACAUCACAGAUUAUCUGCUUUGGUGGCAAAAAAGUAUAGCAUUGAUAGCAACGCUAAAAACAUUAUGUCGGGGGAUAAAAUUCUAAUGCUUGCUUGCUUUGCAUACAGUUGGACAUUCCAUAGCACUCUGAAAAAUAGAUUGACUUUUGCUCUAUACUCUUCUGCUCUAUACUUUGAGUAAGGCUGAUUUUACACAAGUGGCCAUAGAUAGACAAAAAGCUAAAACAAUUGUAAGAAUUAGCAAAAAAAAAAAUACUAUUUCUUCAUUCUUAAUGUAAAAAAAAAAAAAAAAAAAAAACCAGACCGACCACUUCUGCACAAUAUAGUAAAUAAACAAGAUGGGGGAGGGGUUGUUCUUUUCAUGCAAUUCUAAAUAACCGAAUACCUACCUUCUCCUGAUCAGGAGGAAGUUGAUAGACAAUCAAACCUCUUUGAAACAACCACUCAAAAGUGCACAAGAAAGGUCUUCUAUGGAUGUGCUCUUCUCAGAGAAGACAUAAUAACUGUGGAACUGAAAAUUUGGUCUGGGUAAGGGGGUAGUCUUCAUACAGAGGUGGCCUUUUAGAGAGGAUUUAUUUUACCUGAAAAACAUUUGGUUGAAACAUGUACUACACAUAGCAAUAAUGGAAAUUAAUGGGCAGUAAUUUUUUGAUACCUUUAAAAAAAAAUCUUUACUGAAGAAAGAGGUUGUAAUAUUGAUUUACGGUCACAGAUUAACCUUUUUCAUACAUGUAGGACCCAAAUUCUAAUGGUCAUUUGGCAAAGGGAUAUAGUAAAGGUAGAUAUCGAGACAUUUCAAUUUUAUUCCCUUGCUCUCUUUGAAACUUAUCUUUUCAUACUGUAAGGGAAGCUGAAAUAGGUACAAACUGCAAAACAUCAACUUUUUCCACAUUACAAAUUUUGGAAAGGAAAAGAAGGUGAUAUUUAAAGGUUACAUUUCAAAUACUAGAUGAAACAAAGCCCAUCAUAAAAAAAAGAACAUAAUAUUGGACUGGUCCAGACUUCAUCAGGUUGACCUAGCCCAUCAUUUUCGAAAACAGCAUUACCCUACUCCAUCUGUUGUGUCUGGUAUAGCAGCUCUGUCUCGUUCAUGUUUUUCCAGCCAAUGGACUAGAGUAAUACAGUUUAUAUGGGGAAAAAAAAGCUAAAAUAUUUUAAGUGUUAUUUUCAUAAAAAAAUUUAAAACUUUUGACAUGUCAAGGUGACCUCUGCCAGUCGCUAGAACAUGUGAGGGAGAAGCAUUCAGCUGAGCUCUUCUUCUCUCCACAGUCACUUUGCUGCAGGAGAUGGGCUCCAGAGACUUUCUAAAGAAUCUAUCUCACAGAGAGUAGAUGGCAGGGAGAACAAGAACUCAGCUUAGUGCUUUUCCCCUGCUUAUUCCAGCGAUCGGUGGUGGUUUUGACACCUGGACCCCGACUGAAAAUUUUUUGAUGUAUCUCUAUGACAUAUGUCUCAAGUUUUUGUAAAUGACAGUGACUUUUUAAUCCAGUUCCUCGAUUUUAACCUUUCUAGCUAUUUGGUAGCUCCAUGGGCAAGAUUUAUAUACUGGCAAAGUCUCUUCUGUGUUCUCACAAUAGGAUCAAAAUGCAUUUGUUGUUUUUCCACACAAUGGAUAAUAAAUGUGAUAUUUAUACAUUUUCACUAGUUUUGACCUACCUAUAAGUUUUCACACAUUGGAGGAAAUUUACUGUAUGAUAAAUGUCCGACAUGCCAACUGCGGUAUUUACUACUUUGGCGAAUGUUGGAUGGUAAAUCCCUGACCAGAUCUCUUCUUAUUUUGCGAACCUUGUGUCAAAAAUUGUUCCAGAAACGAGCCUUUUUUAUUAGUAAAUUAAUCAGAAAAACAUAUAUCUCCCUGAACGUGAAUAUGUUAAAAAACACAAAUGUGGGACAUGGAGAUUAGUAACUUCCAACCAAUAUAAAUUUUUUUAUUGAUUGGUUUGGACGUUCAAAACUUCAGACAAAGAAAAGAAAUGCGCUGUUUCUCUAUAUUACUAAGAUCUGCCUCCUAAUCCACUUUGUCAAGCACUGCAUUUCUUAAUAAAAUUUUCAUAUGCAAUUGUGAAACCCAAGAACAGCACUCAACUCAAUGACAAUAAGCCCAAUGUGUUUGCAUAAAAUGUAACUCAUACCCAGUAUCCCACCAAAGAGUCUUUGAAAUAUUCUCAUUACAAAUAUUAGUUGCAUUCAUGUAACAUCAUAGACAAAUAUAGUAUAAUAUAUACAUUCAAAUUGGUGAUAUGAGUUGUAUUAAGUACUAAGAGUUGUUUAAAAAUUGAGUAUUAUAUUUUUUGCAGAUGUUGCCAUAACUCUGGACCUUUUUGUAAUGAAUGUUGAUGAAUAAAAAUGACAUUUUUAAUAUUUAAAUGGAAAAAAAUUAUUUAUUUAUAUUUCACUUCAUUUUAUCUGUAUUGUCACUGUUUGAAUGUGCACCUGAAUUAUACUUACAAUUGUGCAUCAAUUCUUCUAUUUUUUUUUCUUUUGUAUUUGAUUGCAUAAAAUAAAACCAUACCUGGAAUGUGACAAGUGUCCUAUCUGCAUUCCCAGUUGUGAUUUUAAAAAGUGUUUUGUUUAUUCCAAUAAAAGUUUUAAAACUGGAA